UUCUAUUCGUGACCGUCAGUUCUGUAUAAAGUUAGCGCUCGAGGAGUACUGAGAUCGUGGGGAAAAUUUUACGCCUCGUCGACAGUCAGCCACUUCAGCGUCACAUCACGAGUCCCGUGUUAUUCAUCCGCCACGCUUUGAGUUAAAGCGGAUUUCAACACGUUACUUUCACUUCGGUUGGAAUAGAUUUAUAAAAGCAUAUAAACGGGGACAAUCGACCUUUGCAAAGUAAACUCUCGAGUUUCGAAAACUCGCGCCAGACUCUCAUUGCACGUUGUUUCUAAGAAGACAUACCGGCCUGCGCGAGGAUGCGCUACGAUCCGACUCUAAACAAGAUUAGGAAAGGCUGACAAAGCUGAAUAAUCCACGAUCUAAAGGUAAGAACGGGUUUAUAGCAGUUGUUUACAUUUCAACUGUGAAAUUGACAACGCAUUGCUUCUAACAACAGCGAGGGAUUUUAGUUUAUAGAGAGGCAACGCGAAAUGUACUGUGCUUGAUUCCUUUCCACGUACCAAUAUCGCAAAUGAAGAUGAAAGAAUGAUGGUUAAGCUUUUGUAAAUGUGUCAUUUUUUGUCUUAUUUGGAUCUCUUGAAGCGUAUAAAUCGAACUAGCUGGGACGGUCUUUCUUAGUUAAGAAUGGCUGGCACAAAAGUUACUCGAAAUAUCUGUCAUAUGUGCACCAUAUAACAUAACAACGUCACGUCAAUACAAUGGCUGUUCGCGCUGAGCUUCCGCUAGCUAGAGUCCCGGUGGAUUUUGAAGUAGCGUUUUCGAAUUUUCUUUUCAAAUAUUUAUCUUUGCAUAGUUUAUUAUACACCUACGACUCGACGGCGAGAAGUUAAAACGAAAUGGUAAUACCUGCAUGAUGUUUACGUAAAAUGUUUUGAUUCAGUCGAGACAUUUUCAGCAAUUUUAUAUCUUCAUUAUCGCUUUUCUUUGAAAUUAUUAGUCAGUAAAUUCCCAUAGGAAUCGAAUCGAGCUGCAAAUUCUCAAAUUCCCUAUUCAACCAAAAAAUAUUUCUCUUUCUCGGGAAUGAUUAGAAUAAACUACGACAGGUUUGUUUCUUGUCACGAAAUAAUAAGAAAUGAUUCUUUGAUCCUAAGAAACUUGACAUUUUUAUAUCAGCUUAGUACUUUAAAAAUGUAUUACAACACUCUUCAUCAAUAUCCAUAUUUGUUUGUUGAAGAUAUUCACAAAUCUGAGAAUUUCUACUGGGAAAAUGUAAUUUCUAUGACGUUUGAUGACUGUAAGUUUUAAUAUCCGAAAUCAUCAUAGUUCAAAUUGAGCACGAAUAUAUUAUUUCUAUUUUUAUCGAUGUUCGUUGGAAGCAGUAUUUUAUAGUGGUUGAAAAGUUCAUCAAAUAUAUCUAUCUCAGUUCAGUGGCACACAAUACCUGUUCCUUCUCAGUCUAAACCGCGCGUUAUUUGGGCUUUUGACGUGACAUUUUGUUUUUAGUAUAAAAUUUGUAGAAUCAGUGGUGUAUGAGAAUCAUUGAGAAUAUUAUAAGCUAAGUCAAAGCGACCAGUAUUCUUUAUCAAAGCUGUUAGGUCAGUCUGUAGCUUUCAAGCAAAGGUCUUUAAUAAACUAAUGUUGUUUUAUAUAGUUAUAAGCCGUUUUGCUAGAAUAAUAUUCCUUUUAUAUAUUAGUCACUUUUAAACGUCUUGUAUGUGCAUUUAGGAGUGACCAAUCUUAACGUUUGUUUAGAAAAUUUAGAAAACUUAAACACUUACCAUAAGAAAAACCUUAGAUGAAGCAAGCUUCAUUGAGGUAAGAUGAAAAGGUGCAAAAAGAAGAGAGAGAGAAACUCUUCAAUACAGAAGCCCAGGUUCCUGUUUAAUAUCGUUAAUUGUUAGCCUGUGUAGCAGUCAGUUGUGAUUGUUAAGAACACUAAUAGGGUAAAUGUAUAAAUUAAGCUCAUUCGUCUAAUUUAGUAUAUAAGAAUUGCAAUGGUGGCUAAGAAACUGAAGAACUGUCUACGACAACUGUUAACAAAGGGGUGUUUAAGAAGGCCCUGAGUGACUACUGUUUAAUAUCAAAUUCUGUAAUUGACUAACAAGAAAAUACAGGGUAAACUGGCAGAAGAAUCUAGCAGCUCAACAGAAGUCACUUUGUCCAGCUAUGGUAAUUUAGGAUGUAAUUCAGCAUCUGUGUCUCCCACUCACUUUAGUGUUCAUGGCAGGUGCCAAAAGGGGGAGGGGGGAGUGGGAGAAAAGCACAAUAAUCCCCUUCCUCUUUGCCUUCAUGCCUCACAAUCCCUACCCUUUUCAAUGACUGCUACACAGGCUACCACCCACCAGACAUGUAGUCUGACAUUUUAUAUUCUCACAGGUUAUUUUAAUUUUGUCUGCAUCAGUAUGGAAGACAGUGACAGUGGAGGUUUGAUAUCUACUGAAGAUGACCCCUCUGAAGAAUCAUCUGGCUCCACUGGGCAUGCUCAUAUGGAAAAAAAGAUCUCAAAACUGAAACUGAAACUCAGAGGAUUUCAAAAUGUGAGUAAAAAUUUAUCACACUAUUCUCCCAUCCUAUCCUGGAAAGACAGCUAUCUUCCCUUGCUCCUCGUCAUUAGGUAUGUUUUGGCAGGAGAGACAUCUGCGCCUCAGUGACAGAAAUUUCAUACUGAUGACGUAAAAUUCGUCAGGAAUCUUGUCAAGAAAUCUGAUGGGUCAACAUAGUAAUUAUAUAACUGAUUGUUAGCUAUUGUGUCAAAUGAAUCUAUAACAAAUUUAAAACAGACAAUAAUAUUUGUGGAAUACAAUAAUUAUUCUAGUUUUAGAAGAAGCAUUUGAGCAUUGGCAGAAGAACACAAAACUUUCUGAAAAUUGACCAGGAGAAGCCGAAAAUCAAACAUUUAAUUAUGUAAACAUUGAUUGAGAUCAUCAGUUUGGAAUUUCUGUCGCAAAGGUGCAGACAUCCCUCCUGACAAAACACCCCUAGGGGCAAGGAGUUGGGAGAGACAGCUGUUUUUGCAGGCUGCUCCCAUCCCAGCUCAAGCAAAAUAUCCCCUAUUGAAUUGAUCUCAGCACUAUACAAGUACUUUAAUGUAAGUUUAUGAUCAUAGCAGAGCUCUCGUGCGCACAGCGGAGCACCGUGGGUGAGAAAAUGUGGUUAUCUCUGCAUCCAAGAAAUUCUAGUUCUCAGAAAAUCACCUGUAUGUACAUAAAUCCACCUUUCAUGUAAUCCAGGGUGAAAUUUUGCAUUUUUCAAGCACCCACGCAUUUUGGAUACCUAUCAGUUUUCUUUGCUAUGUUUGUUGCCAUCGCGGCCUAGCAUUAAAUGAUUUUACAUAUAUAUUUUGUUUGAGUAAACUAUAAAUACCAAUAAGAGCUUCCCUUUUAGCCCUGGCUAAAUCUAUAUAUUAUGCAUCUGUAUUAUCCUUAACCCAUUCGCCCCUGAACCGCCCGUAACCGCCCGUGCGGAUCUAGGUCCUUUCUACCCUUUGUGACGUCAUCAUUUUUAACGGUCAAGGACAACUUUCUUCGCUAACUUGUGCAGAGUGAAGAGAUCUUUCAAACCAUACCAGAAUGAGCACAAUUCAGUCAAGGACACCGGAGAAAGAAGCAAAAAACCACGUGACAAGGACCUGAAAAUCUCCAUGAAAAUCUUGUUCCAUUACCCACCUACCUUUCCUUUCACCUAAUCCUAAGAUCCUAAAAGCUUUCCUAAAAACUCUUCCCACCAAAAUGAAGCCUACUAAAUGCCCAGCAAGAGAAAAAAAAAAUGAGGCAAGAAAAGCGAAAAAAGAAGGGAGGAGAGAACGCGAAAAGUAAAAGUCAAGACUGCUGUGUCACUUUUAAACCCAAAAACUAUGUCGAAAUUUUGCUUUCUGCACAUGCCCGAACUUUGCAAGCUGAUAUUUUGCAUCUGGAUCAGAAGGCCGCCAAGUGUACGACCUGUAAAUCGGUUUGUGGUAAGUUUUAGCUCUUUAUAGCACGACAGUGACCAGAAAACCACUCGACUAGCUUCAAAACGCGUUUUUCGGCAAAAUCUCCAGGAGCGAAUGGAUUAAUGUCUGAUGUUAAGGGAGUAAUUAUUUAUUAUAAUUAGCUGUGCACUGACACAAUCCUGCGUAGAUGGCCAUUUGUUUUAUUUGUGUUUCGAAACAACAUGAAGAUUUGCCUCCAUGACAUGCUUCAUUUUACUCAAUUAAGCUAUUUGCAUUCUAAUUAAUUUCCCCUUCUCCUCCCCCGUGCACACUCACAACAUGAUCGCAUUGCUUGCCUUUUGGACAAGAGAGAAGUUGAUAGGUAUACAUAAUAGGCUCUGUUGAUUUAACUUUAAAUCAACACAACCUACAAAUUAAAUACCAAUACCAGGCUCACUAGGCUGAUACACUUGAAUCUAAUCUAAACCAAGGUCGUGUCCAUCAUUCACCCUGGGCUGGUCUCUAGCAGAACCUGGGGGUCUGGCACCUAGUCUUUAGUUCUUGGGUGACUCGAAAAUCUUAGUUUUUAGAUACAAAUCAUACACUGCACACCUUAGAUUUUACAGGUUCAGAACACUGGGCUCUCUUCAAUUAUCUUUAGAGUGCAGGGUUGUUCACCAUUUCCACAUCUCCCAAAAUACACUUACAUACAUACAUAUAUACAUACUUUGAUUGCACAUCUCGCCAUUGGGGGCUCUUUUGCCAUACAUACAGUGAAAAAUGUGAAGUGAAGUGAAAUGUGAAGUGAAGUGAAGUGAAAAAUAAAAUAAAAUAAACUAGAAAACUAUUUACAUUUUGAUGAUAAAAUAACAAAUUAAUAAUAUUAAUGUUAAUAAUACUAAUAAUAAUAAUAAUAAAACAUUAAUUUUGAAGACCAUUACAUUUCAAUAAUAAAACACUAUCUAUGAAUUAAAAAUAUUUUUUAAAAUUAUGUUUAAAAUGGCCCGACUUUCCGUGCCUCAUAUCUGUAGAUGAGGUAUUAUGCAUUUUUGCCCCACAGUAGGCAAAAGUCCUUUGACCAUUUGCCCGCCUGUGUCGAGGCAACGUAAGGUUGUUAUUUUGCCUAUAGUGUCUCUUUAGUGAGUUUUUGCGCGAUAUUGAAAACGUCCGUGAAGUAAAAAACAAAAACCACCAUAAACCAUUAUCUUCAACUUGGAUUUUUUUCCUGCAAGGCAAACAAUAUGAUAUGGCAUCAUAACCGUAUUUACAAUUAAUAAUAAAUAAUUAAUAAUUAUGUGCCUCAAAGACGUAAGGCGGGACUCACUUUUUUCUUCGUAGCGUUCCCUCUUCUCAAUCCUGUGAUUUUCGUUAUGCAAUGUUAUAAUAAAAGAUAAAAAAUUAUGUCUAUGGGGGCAUAAUGUUACUUUUUUCGUGAAACAAAAAAAAAAGGUUUGUGCAAGUCAGUGAUGGCAUAGCUCUGUUAUAUCAGGAAAAACAUCCCUGGCUGAAAGAUCUUAGUUGCCCUUGUAUCUCCUCGCUUCUGAGCAAUCUUCAUUUUCCGUACUUAGCUAGCAGCCGGGAGGGAUUUGUAUUUGCGUUUCUUAUGUCGGUGAUAACAAUGCUAAGUACCGUAAAUCCUCUAUCAAGCCCAUGUCCGUUCUGAAAUAAGCUUCCGCUCUCUAAUAACCUCCCCACCCCCCCUCUCCUCCUUAUCAUUAUUCACAAAUAAAUGAUAGACUGUAUUAAUCAAUCACGACCGUAAAACCUCGUGUGAACUGACGAUGGUCUAUUCACCAGCUGGAAGUCAGUGGAAGUUCGGAUUUGUCUUUGAUCCUCGGCUGCAUGACCUCCAACUUCUUGUACUUGAGGUUUUCCACUUUGUAUUCUAGUUCUUUAUGGUAAACAGAUACCAUCGUCUGUACUAAAUUUAGUAAGCUUCCCGUCUCAAUUAAGCCCCCCCUCCCCCCACAGGGGGAGGCGGGGCGCUUAAUAGAGGAUUUACGGUGGGCCACCAUUAUGCUAAACAGCAGAAUCUUAUUGAUUUCUUUAGGUAUUGGAAGAAAGAGACACGUACAGACAAGAAGUUCAAAACCUGGAAGUUAAAAUAGAGGAAUUAAUAAAAGAGAGAGAACAGCUGAAUACAGAGCACGCACAAGAGCUUGUGGUUUUAUCCUCAAGUUUUCAGGAGCACCUGAGUCAAGUAUCACAGUUCCCAGAUCAAGCAGAAGAUCCUACGGUUUUAAAGCUCAAGACCGACUCUGAAAAAGAGAUUCAGAAGUUACGCACAACGAUUGAGGACAAAAACUAUCAUAUCGGUAACUUGCAAAACAAGUUGCUCGAGGCGCAACUUGAGUUAGAAAACGAGCUUGAUAAACACGAGGAAGAAACGGAAAAACUUCGUGCUAGUUUAGGCAGUGGCGAACGGGAUUUUGAGAAAUUGAUUGAGGAGCGACUGAUUGAGGUGAGAAGCCAGUACGAGAAAGAACUCGAGGAACUCAGAGCCCGCAUAGAAAAUCAAGAGGAAAGUACAGGAGGAGAAUACAGCGACGGUUCCAGUAGCAGUGACAAUCGCAAUAAAAACUUGCAAGAGAAAAGGGACUCGGAAAACAGAGAUGAAAAUGUCGCGAAUGACUUCGAAAGUCUUUUGGAGCAGGAACGGACCAAGUACAGAGUUGAGAUCAUGGCGGUGAAAGAUCGUCUCACCCAUCAGCAUCAGGUUGAACUCGAUGAUCUCAUUACAAAAUUAGAAAAAUCUAACUCGGAAGUGGAAGAACUCAAACAAGUGCUGCGCCAGGAAAAGUUGAACUCUGCAAAACUCAACGCUGAGAACAACGAAUUUGCGAGGUUAGAUAAUGGCGAGAUUGAAAAUGACUCUCCUCGAGAAAACGGUAAUGGGAAUGUGAAAUCAGUUAUUGUUGUGAGCCAUGAUGGAAAGAGUGACACUGCCUCAGGUAUGGAAUCACUCCGUACUGAACUACACGCUCAUUACCAACAACAAAUUGAACAAGUUGCAAAAAGACUUAGUGAGGAGUAUCAAGGAGAACUGGAUGACAGUCUUAAUAAAAUGGAGGAAGAGUGGGAGCAGCAGUUAGAACGGCAGAAAAACGAGUAUGAGGAAAAGAUCGCGGCUCUUCAACGCCAGCUGAAGAGUCAAUACCAGAACGAUCUCGAUCAAGUUACAGCUGACAUGGACGAUCAGAUUCAAGGCCUUAGAGAUAGUCAUUCCCAAGAGAUAGCCGAACUUUUAGGCAAACUACGAGAACUUUCGGAAGAGCGUCGCAGAUCUGUCAUUCAACAAGACACCACUGAGCAACAAGUGGUUAUUAUAAAGGAGGAAUGCCGUUCCAAAGUAUCAAGCUUGGAGCAAGAGCUUCGGGUGGAGAAAGACAAAGUUGUUGAAUAUCAGCGUCAGAUGGACGCGGUUGAGGCGCAGGUUCAAGCUUUCAAGGCUGAGAAGCAGCAGGAAGUGAAGAUGAUCGAAGAGGAGAUGCGUCGGCAGUGUAAGGCAUUAGUAGAGAAGAAGUCUAACGAACUAAAGGAAAGAUACCAAAGCGAAUUGGGCGAGAAAGUAAACAAAGUUGAGCAGCAUUGGAGAAAGCUGUAUGAGGAAGACAUAGGAAAGACGCGAUCUGAGUUGGAAGAAAGUAACAGAACUCUUAAAGAUAAAUACGAGCGUCAAGUGUCUGACAUCAUGGUUCAAAUGGAUGAAGUUCAGCAGAGGAGUAGAGAAGUGCUAAUGCAAGAGAAAAUGCAGUUUGAAGCACAACAGAAGGAAGAAUUUGAGAGACAGCUAUCGGAAGUGAAAGAGGAGCUGCAGCCGUAUAAGAAUAGGUAUUUCGAAUUGGAAAAAGAAAAUCAGUCACUUUCAGAAAAGUACGAACGCGAUCUCUCUGAGCUAAGAAACAAGAUGAGUGAGGUUGAAGGACGCUACAAGCAAGAUAAAAGCUUGGAGGAAGAAAAUCUAACGACACUUAAAAGUGAACUUGAACUGUAUAAGAACAAGCUUCAAGAAUUGCAAGAUGGAAAAAAGUCCUUAAUGGAGAACUACGAAGCACAGCUUACUAAUAUGAGGAAGAAAUACGAAGACAUGGAAGAAGGAGAAAUCAAAACACUGCAAGAAGAAGUUAAUGUUUACGUCAAGAAAGCAGCAAGCCUCGAGGAGGAGAAAAAAAUUUUGUUAGAGAAGUACGAGUCUGAAACAAGUGCGUUGAAGUCGACAAUAGGCGCACUAAGAGAUGAGAUAGAGUCAAGAAACUCUCAAGUGAACAUUCUUGAGGAAAACAAACACAAAAUGUCGCUUACUGUCUCAGAGCUACAACAGGAUUUGGCGUCAGUUAAGAAGGCGUAUGCAGAGUUAGAGCAGAAACAAGAGAUGGAUAAUAAGAACGCUGAAGAGAUGGAAGUUUUAAAAGUCAAACUCUCAGGUCUGAUGAGGGACCUAGAGGACUCUCAAAACAACUGCUACGAGUUGCAAGAAGCGAAAAGAGCUUCUGAUAACAAACAUUGUGAAGAGAUAGACAGCUUGAAGUCCAAAUUAGAAGAGAAAAGUAGUGAUGCGCAAAAUAAAGAACAACAACUGAUUACUGUGAUAAGAGAUCGCGAAAAUCUCGAGCAAGAAUUGAAUAAGCUACAGAAGGAAUGCGAUGAGCUUCACGAGAAACAUUUAGAUGUAGAAUCGUCUUUAAGAAAACGUUAGCGAUGAGCACUCGAUGGAAAUUUCCAAGCUGCAAAAAGGAUCUUCUGAACUUCGUGAAAGAGAGCAGGGACUUUUUGAUAACGAAAAGCAGCGUUUAGAAGACCGAGUAGAACAGUUAGAGAGCGAGCUGCAGGAGUCACGGGAACAGUAUGAACGGCUCGAAGCUGCAAAGAAAUUAAGCGAUGAACAGCAUUCAGCAGACGUAGAAAGCCUGAUGUCAGAGUUAAACAUCUUGAGAAAUUUACGCGCUGAAGUAGAGCAGCUUAGAAAGCUUGAGAAAGAAAAAGAGAACUACGAAUUCGAGGUUUCAAAAAUGAAGGAAGACAUUGACUCCCUCACAGCGAAAAUAAAAGAACUUCAAGAUGUGAAUAACGGUUCAUCGCAAGAAAUUGUCCAGCUUCAAAACGAACUUGAAACGCUUCGCGCUGCCCCAGUCGCUGGUGACUUUGAAGAAAAAUUUCUGGAAGAAAUCGAGGCAUUGAAAACACUGUCAGAACAGCAAGCGAGUACAAUACAGGAACUUGAAGAGGAGGGACACAACAAAUUUGGUGUUCUUUUGAGCCAACACGAGAAAGAGCUCGAAAUUUUAAAAGAGGAGCUCGAGGAGCAGAUCUCCAAGAAAAGAGAGCAACUCUCCAGGGAUUCUGCCGCUAAGAGACAAAAACUCAAAGACGAAUACGAAGGAAAGCUUCGGGUUCUCUACGAAGACCUUGUUGCAGAGAAAACCAGAAUUAAAGAUUUGAUGAAAUUAAAUAAGGACCUAAGCAGGAAGUUAAGCUACUCGCAAGAAGAGAGUAGUCUGCUUGCAGAGGAAAUUGAGAGGUUGAAAGAAAUAGAAGAGAAAUUCGCGGAGACAGAGGAACAAGAAAAACACGCAAGUGAAUUGGAACGGGUCGCAGCAGAGUAUAAAGGGAAAAUACACAGUCUUGAAGAAAAGAUUUGUAAUUUGGAAACUAGGGCAGAGGAAAAAGACACAACGGACGGUGAGAGUGAGAAAGAAAAAGAGCAGUCACUAAAAGAGUUCAAGGAAAAAAUUGAGUCCUUACAAAUUGAGCUUAGCGCUGCGAAAAAAGAAGCCGACAGUAUGAGGGAAGAGCUAAAAAGUGUACAAGAGAAAAGUGAGCAUGAUCUCAAUAAACUUGCAGAGACAUAUGAGGAAAAGUUAAAGAAGACAGGAGAAGAACAGAAUCAGUUAUUGGCUCGACUUGAAGAAAAUAAAAAGGAUUAUCAACAAAGUGUUUCCUCAAUGGAAAGUGAAAAAGAGGCUCUUAAAGAACAACUAAGCAAUGCGUUUGGUGAGAACGAGAAGUUGCAAACCAUGGUGAAACAUCUAGAUACCGCAAAGCAGGCAGUCGUUCAUAUGUACGAUGAAAAAAUCGAAGCCUUGGUCGGUGAUUUAGAAGAUGCAUCAGAGAGAGCAAGCAGCGCAGAAGAAACCUUGAAACAGUCAAGUUCUCGGUUUGCAUCCAAGCAAGAAGAGUUAGAAAGAGAGGUGACACAGCUUCGAGAAGCGAAUAAACGCCUAAUUGAGGAACAUGAUUCCUCUAUUCAUAGUCUAGAAGGAACAAUUUCUACUGAAGCCGAGUCAAAGGAGGCCCUGGAACAGAAAAUUGCUGAACUGUUAGAGGAAUCGAGAAGUGAGAAAUUGAAACUGCAAGGCAAGGUCGAAGAAGCAUUUGCUGAUAAACAAAGACUUACGGAUGAGUUUGAGGCGAAGAUUAAAGUUUUGGAAGAUGAGUUGAUGUCUGAAAAGAAUGAAAGCGCUGCCAUAAAACAAAUGAUAGAAGAGCAAAAUCAAGAACUGAACAAACACGUGACGAGACUGCAAGAAAUGGAGAGCGUUGUGUUAGGAAAGGAAAGCACUAUAACAACACAGAAAGAGACUAUUGACCUAGUGACCAAUAAGCUCGACCAAGAAAUAGAGAAGACAUCCAGGUUGGAGAAAGAGAUGCGAGCACUGAUGGAAAAUCAGAGCUCGGAAUACGUUCACAGUUUGGAACGCAUUCGGAAUGACCUGAAACAAGAGUACGAAGAAAAUAACGAGCAACUGAAGAAGAAUUACGAAAACAUUUUUGCUAAAAUGGAGGAAGAACACCGCGUCAGUCGCGAAGAGAUCGAAGCAGAAGUUGAAUCAUUGAAAGGUAUGGUAGAAAACCUUGAGCAGUUAAAUCAACUGAAAGACGAAGAACACGAAGGUCUUAUGACAGAACAAGUAACGAGACACGAAGCCCAGCUAGAAAAAAUGGAAACGAACUUUAAGGAAGAAAAGAACAGUUUAGAAACGAAAGUAAAUCACGCCAAUAAAGAACUUGACGAGGUAAAAGCUGAGAAACAAACACUGGUUGAGAAACACAAGGUGGAUUUGACUGUACUGGAAUCCAGAUUAAUCCAGGAGCACCACGCGCAACUAAAGAAUGCUGUCCAAGAAGCUGAAUUAGUAAAACAAGAGAAAGAACAAAUAAAGGAAGAGUACGAGAAGGAAAUUGAAUCAUUGAAAGACCAGCUUACAUUCGAAAGUGCUUUCCAAGCUGACCUCCUAAGCCAGCACGAGGUAGAAAUACGAUCCCAGAGAGAAUCCCUAGAAAAAGAACAUAAGAAGCAAAUUGACCUUUUAAAUGAGACAAUACAGGAACGAGUUAGGGAGCUGGAGGUGACAAAAGAAGAGAAAGCAGCAGAGAUGGAAGAAUUGAAAUUUAAACUUGAAGAAUCUCAACUUGAGCUGGGCGCUCUACGAGAAAAGUACACCACCCAGCAAGACGCGGCCAUAAAAAACCUCCAAGAGCAGCUACAAGAAAAAAUAAAGGAGUGUGAAAAUUUAAAAGAACAAAUUGGCGUUGAAGUUGUUCAGUUAUCAUCGCGAGUUGAAACGCUGUCUGCGGAGAAAGAUAUGCUUGGAAUUAGCGAAGAGACAGAAAAUAUGAAGCUUGGAUACGAGGUCAUGUUAGCGUCUUUAAGAGUUGAGAAUAACGAGCUCAAAAACCAAGUUGAGAGUCUGAAGGAAGAGAUGACACGUACCCUAAACGCACAUCAACAAGAGAUAGACUUUACAAAAACCGAGCUCGAAAAGCAAUAUCAACAACGAGAAGGUCGCAUCAAGAAGAAACACUCUGAAGAAUUCAGCAACCUUAUGGAGAAACUGGAAGAUUUGGUGCAGCAAGAGAAUGCAUCAAAAACGCUUACCGAGGAACACAUGAAAGAUAUUGGUACGCUAAGAUCAGAAUUUGAUCAUAAAUUCCAGCGUCUUUUGCGAGAAAAACAAGACGAGAUGGAAAGCUUAAAGAAACAACUUGAACAACAGUCCAACUUGCACAUUUUAGAAUAUCAAGAACUCAUAAAAAAGAAAGACAUAGAGAUAAGCGAUCUUCAGAGAGAUGUUAAGAGUCUUCAUAGUGGUAUUGAUGCUUACAAGGAUGAAGCGCAUAAUUAUCAAACAGGUCUGAAUAAGGCCAAAGAGGAACUGUCGAAGCUCAGGAGGGAGAAUUCAGAACUUUACCGAAAAUUGCGGGAGGAAAUUGAGAAAUCUAGGGGAAGGUACACUACUGAAGGCCAGAGGACCAUGGAGCAGUUACAGCUGGAAAACGAAAGACUCAAAAGAGAAAACGAAAGACUGAAGAACCUCAUGAAUGGAUCUUCCUUUGCUAAUGGGGUGGGCCAUUCGCAAAAUUUUAAUGAAGGCUCGCAUGUGUUACAACUCAUAAAGUUGAUGGAGCAGUUGAUGAAAGAGAAAAACACACUUGAGAUAAAAUUGCGACAGGAAAUCCUUGAUUUGAAGACCGAGUUUGGAGUUCUCGGGGAUUCUAGCAGGACUUCAUUUAAUAACACCAGUGUUAUUUCGGUAUCCAUAUCACCUGAAAAGCAACUAAGCAGGGACGCAUUGGUUGAUAUGCUUCAAGAACUGAGAGAUAACAAAGCCAAACAAGAGGAAGACAUAAAAAACCACGUCCAAGAGACUGAGAACAUGAUCAGUGAAAUUAAGAGAAUGAUGGAUUCUACCGAGUUUACAGAUAUCAGGCUUCAGGAUAUGCUGCACAGUCAGAUGAAUCAUUUGGAGCAGCAACGCCGAGUAUUAGUGCAGCGGCUCUGGCAGCUCAGAGAAAAACACAGAGCUGUAGAGGAGAAAAUCUCCCGGCAACUCACUGGAAUACACAGUUCACAAAACAGUAGUAACUCGGACAGCGCCAGGUCCAAAUGUUACGAGAGUAUCAUCGAGGAGAACCUCAGGCGAGAAAAGGAGCUGCUGGUGUUAAAACGCCAACAAGUAGAAGACCUCAAUACUAGGAUUGCACGAGAGAAGCUUGCAUUAGAAAGACACUCCAAGGAAAAACAGUGUCUUGAAAAAGAAAUGAAAGAAAAGGAGAAGUUGGAGAGUGAAUUGGCAUCCCAAAGACGAGACCUGGAGAGAAAAUGGAUUGGGAGGAUGAAGGAAAAGGAGUUUCAGCUUAAGAGAGAGAAAGAGAUUUUGGACGAAAGCAAGAGGCGAGACGAAGCUGAGAAUAUUUUUCUGCGGGAAUCUUCCUCCAGACCAACCGAAAGAAACGUGUUUGGAGGGGCGAGAUCGCCUGUCCGUUUGCCACUGGCAAGUCACCCUAUAAAAGAAGUGGAACGUUACAAGAAAGAGUCAGAAAAACCUAGAGAUCGAAAGGAACAUGUUCCUGGCCGUUACAAUCAAACGUUAUCAUAUCCGAUGCCUAUGCACAAACCAUUUGGAGAUUCUUCUUUACGUGGCGAACAAGGAUCCAAAGAUCGACGUGCUGUUUCCGAUUCCCUUGAAAGUUGGUCCUAUAAAAAUACUAAGCGCUCAUCUAGCAAGAAAAGAGACCAAGCUAAAACUAAGCGGGCAGAAGUCCAAGUUCCCAGGCUUGACCUCAGCUCUGACGAUUCCGAUCUCGAUCUUGGUAUUGCAAAUGGCUCAGGUUCUUGGGAAAUUGAUCUAAACGACGGUGAUGAUUCUGAUCUUGACCUUUAUGGCACCCAUUCUAUUAAUGCGUUUGACAACGUUGAGGCAGAUUGGGAACUUCAGUUAGAAAAAGAACUGAAACAGAUUUCGGUGAAUGGCGUCGCCCCGUCAGGCGAUGAUUCCACGGAUGUGAGACACCAAACAGCGCUUGUAAAUGGCGGAAUUAGCGAGGAAGUCAAAGAAAGCCAAGUGACUUCAGUUGAUAAAGCGCCGUCGACACAGUAUGGUUCAAAAAUUGACCUGGACUGGCUUCGUAAAUUAAGCUUCGAUUAUACUCAUCCAAGGGUCAGUAAGAGUCAUCCUCGUACAUCAACAGCCAAUGGUAUGGAUGAGCGCACACAACCCUUCAGCAUUACAGAUGUCUCGCGCAUUACAACUGAAGUCGCAUCUCUACCGAAGGAUGUAGCUUCACGUCAAAUUCUUCGAGAACAAGACCGUUCACAUAAUACACGCACUCAAGCCAAUCUGGCAAGACCAAGGCCCAGCUCAUCGCAUUAUGAGUUGGAUUCUUUGUUUAGUUUACGAAGACAAUCAUCUAAGGAAAGUGGCAUUGACUCGCCCUCUUCAGUAAGGUCGGAACCGGCCAUUUCGGGCAGUGUCAUCGCCAACUCGCGGCGCCGUUCGCUCCGGAGUGAUCGUUUCCCUGGAGUGUAUUUGCUAAACGUUGACGAGUACGUGGACCGUCAUUUGGUGAGAUCGUCUGAGGAGGUGGUCAAGAUAAGAGACCUAUCUCCCUCAGAAAAGCGUUUCGAUUUAUAACCAAUGUUGUUUCUUUCUUUCCCUAGGAUCUAUGAUACGGCCACAUGACGGUAUUUACUGACAACAACGACAGUAUUAUUUAUUUUUAAUUGAGGUGGCCAAAAUAAGUAACUUUAUCGGCACGUGUUCAGAAAUGUAUGCUUAUGAGAUGCAAGGCCUGUGACAGAAAUACUUGUUCACCAGUAACUGCCUGCCUUUAUGGACAUUACUCGAUAAGUGACUUUACAGCCAUCGAUACAUGUUUCUUUACACGCAUUCCUUAUAUAUUUAUCCCGCGUUCCUACAAUCAAGGUUAUCUAUGCGCCAAGAUGACCAAGCUCAUCGCAUACGCAACAGAUAUCGUACCAUAAAUAAAGCGCCUCGUCAGAGUAGUUCUUGUCCGUCUCUUGGCAGUUUCGUCUAGUAUAGUGAAUACUGUUACUGACAGGAAUAUUUCAUUUAAGCGAUUUCAAAGAAUUGGGACUUGAAAUGAGUAACCAUUGUGACGAGGCAAUCCUACAUUUUAGCGUUAACGUUAAUCGAAAGCGUCGACGUCAGAAAUGAAGUUAUGAUUUUAUUGACUAAAGGGAUUCAUGAACAUUUUUACCUUAUGGCAAUCCAUAGCCAAAAGAACUUGUUACUAGUUUCACAGAACUGAAUUUUUAGGAGGAGAACGUAGCGUUAGUGACUGUCAAUAUGAGAGUUACUUAACGAAAUGACAUGUCCUAAUUACACGAUAGAACAAUGCUUCAGUUAUCACAACACGAUUCUGCGUUGCACUUCGCGCUGGAUCCAGUUAUGUAUAUCAUAAAUGUUA